AUGAGCGCCCCCACACCUUUCACUAUUAGCGUUUCGGACGCCCAGCUCGAGCAGCUACGUCACAAGCUCGAACUAGCUACCUUCCCUGAUGAAAUAGACGCUAUCGGCUGGGAUAUGGGUGUCCCCCUCGAGGAGAUCAAGAGACUGACGAACGUCUGGCGCGAGAAAUUCGACUGGCGUGCCCAGGAGAAGGAGCUUAAUGAGGAACUGAGCCAUUUUACAGUCCCGAUCUCUGUUGACGGGUUCGGGGAGCUGGAGAUUCAUACUGUACACCAACGAAGUGGAAAUUCGAAUGCCAUCCCACUGCUUUUUAUUCAUGGGUGGCCCGGAAACUUCCUCGAAGCAACAAAGCUCAUUCCGUUGCUCACAAAGAAUGAAAAUGGACCGGCAUUCGAUGUGAUCGUGCCUUCGCUGCCGAAUUUUGGGUUUUCGGAGGGUGUGAAGAAGAAAGGAUUUGGUCUCGCUCAGUACGCUGAAACACUCCACAAAGUCAUGAUAGCAUUGGGAUAUGAGGAAUACGUCAUCCAAGGAGGCGACUGGGGCAGCAUGAUCGCCCGCACCAUGUCGCAAUACUACGCCCGACACAUCCAAGCCAUCCACCUGAACUUCGUCCCAGUCAAGCCCCCAUACCCAUGGAAAAGCCCAGUUCGUUUCCUGCAAUCCCUCACGAGCGUCCCCUUUUCCGGAAAAGACCGAGCAUGGAUCGGCCGUACAAUGGACUAUCUCCUGCGAGGCAAUGCGUACUACAAGCAGCAGGAGACUCGACCCCAGACCCUGGGCUACGGUCUAAGUGACAGUCCAGUUGGGUUGCUGGCUUGGAUCUACGACAAGAUGCAUCUGUGGACGGAUGCGUAUCCCUGGACAGACGACGAAAUUUUGACGUGGGUGAGCGUGUACUACUUCUCGCGGGCAGGGCCUACGGCCUCGACGCGAAUCUAUUACGAGGCGUCGGCGCCGAAGAUUGAUGCCUCCACGAUCGAGGCGGAGAAUGGAGAGGCUGUUACCAAGUAUAUGUCCCUCGACCAGCUCUUGAGUGCCUCUGCGCCGUUCAAUGUGCGAUUUGCCGUGGCGCAGUUCCCGAAGGAGAUCAUGAUGUGGCCGAUGGCUUGGUACCAUACAAUUGGAAAUGUGGUCAAGGAGAAGGAGUUUGACCGUGGUGGUCAUUUUGCUGCUUGGGAGGUCCCGGAAUUACUGGCGGGUGAUUUGAAGCAGUUUUUCGGCAGAGAUGGACCGGCAUACGGGGCAGUUCAAGGCAAGGAGGGUUAUUAG